UCCCCUUUUGUGCUGAAGAAGAUGGCGGCGCGGGCGGGAUUCCAGUCGGUUCCUCCGAGCGGUGGCGGCGGCGGAGCCGCCGCUGGAGCCGCUGCGCUGGGACCGGGCACUCCGGGAGGGCCGGUUCGCAUGGGCCCGGCUCCGGGACAAGGCCUGUACCGGUCGCCGUUACCGGGAGCAGCUUACCCGCGCCCCGGGAUAUUGCCGGGCAGCCGGUUGGCACCGCAGGGCCCUUCCAUGGGACCGCCGGGGUACGGCGGGAGCCCCGCGGUGCGGCCCGGGAUGGCGCAGGGCAGCCUGGACCAGGCCCGCAAGAGACCGGCGCCGCAGCAGCUCCAGCAGGUGCAGUCGCAGGCCGUGCCCAACCGCAACCACAAUGCUAAAAAGAAGAAGAUGGCUGACAAAAUUCUACCUCAGAGGAUCCGUGAGCUUGUACCGGAGUCUCAGGCCUACAUGGAUUUGCUGGCCUUCGAAAGGAAAUUGGACCAGACAAUCAUGAGGAAACGCUUGGAUAUCCAGGAGGCUCUGAAGCGUCCCAUUAAGCAAAAACGAAAGCUACGUAUUUUUAUCUCCAAUACCUUCAAUCCAGCCAAGUCGGAUGCAGAGGACGGUGAAGGAACAGUUGCCUCCUGGGAGCUUCGGGUUGAAGGACGGCUGCUGGAAGAUUCUGCUUUGUCCAAAUACGAUGCCACCAAGCAGAAAAGAAAGUUCUCAUCCUUCUUUAAAUCUCUGGUCAUUGAACUUGAUAAAGACCUGUAUGGCCCUGACAAUCACCUGGUAGAGUGGCACCGGACUGCUACAACUCAGGAGACAGAUGGCUUCCAGGUGAAGAGGCCAGGAGAUGUAAAUGUGCGCUGUACUGUCCUCCUGAUGCUGGAUUACCAGCCUCCCCAGUUCAAACUGGAUCCUCGCUUGGCUCGUCUCUUGGGGAUUCACACUCAGACCCGGCCAGUGAUUAUCCAGGCAUUGUGGCAAUAUAUCAAGACCCACAAGCUCCAGGACCCCCACGAACGGGAAUACGUCAUCUGUGACAAAUACCUCCAGCAGAUAUUUGAAUCUCAGCGGAUGAAGUUCUCUGAAAUCCCACAAAGACUCCACGCGUUGCUUAUGCCCCCAGAACCCAUCAUCAUUAAUCACGUCAUCAGCGUGGACCCAAACGACCAGAAGAAAACAGCUUGCUAUGACAUUGAUGUGGAGGUGGAUGAUACCUUGAAAACUCAGAUGAAUUCCUUCCUGCUGUCCACUGCCAGUCAGCAAGAAAUCGCUGCUCUGGAUAACAAGAUCCAUGAGACAAUAGAGACCAUUAACCAGCUGAAGACCCAGCGGGAGUUCAUGCUGAGCUUUGCCCGAGAUCCUCAGGGCUUCAUCAAUGACUGGCUGCAGUCCCAGUGCCGGGAUCUAAAGACAAUGACGGAUGUUGUUGGGAAUCCUGAAGAGGAGCGUAGAGCCGAGUUCUACUUCCAGCCGUGGGCUCAGGAAGCUGUGUGCAGAUACUUCUACUCCAAGGUGCAGCAAAGACGUCAGGAAUUGGAGCAGGCCCUGGGAAUCCGUAACACAUAGGCUGCUCCGCUCCUUCCCAGCCAGAAGACAUCACAGCUUUUUGUGGAGACAGCAAGCUGCUGAGUACUCUGUUAGGGCUCACCAAAUCCCACUCCAGCAGCAAGGCCCGCAUCAUUAUUCGCCCUGGUAUUGUCCCUGUUGGGGGAACUCCAGGAUAUCCGGGGUCUUCUGGGGUGUGGCAAGUGGACAGGCUCCAACGAGCACACAUUUCUACCUGGUUUUUUUUCUGACUGUUGCCUUGUCAGUCCCAAGGCUUCCGAGAGCCUUCCCUUGAGUCUGCACUGCCCGUAGUGUCCCCAGUAGCCAGUCCAACUUCUGCCUUGGAGCCUUUGUCAAGUUUAGGAACCACAGCCCAUUCCUUCCCAGCUGGCAUCUCGUUGUGGCACGUGCGGAACUUGGAUCUGCUGUGAGGGUGGAGUUGUGUCGUUGGUCUCUUAUCUGCCUCAUUUUGUAGCAAGGUGCCAGGCGCUGUAGCGGGCAGGAUGCUGUGAGCUGAAUUACCUCCCUGCCCUGAUUCCCUCACUCCGAGGGUGCUGCUGCACUGGGCUGCCUCGUAGGUCGCUCCUCUCCUUGAGGGAGUUACUGGACUGUAUAGAGAAUUGCUUCUUCCCUCAUCCCUGUUUCUCUGCUCUGUUCCCUUUGUGUUUGUUGACAGACUGUCCUAGGCUGGGAUCGCAGGGGAGAUGAGAUGCUGGCUGGCUGCAGGGAUGGGGAAGCAUUGGAGCAGCGAGACUUCUCUGCUCUUCUAAAGACCUACAUGUGCGGUUCUAGCGAGCCAUUCGGCUGCGUGUUUGCCCUGUAGCAGGGACAGGGGAUGCAGCAGCUCCUGGUGGGAUCGUGCCAGGGCACAGUGUAGGCUCAUUCCUUUGGGACAAUGAUCCUGUGUCAUUGCUGUGGAGACCAGAGGCACCUUUGUGUGGAUUUGAGGGCGUAACAGGACAGUCCUUAGGAAUGGAAAUAGCUCACAGCUUAUGCGCAUUAGCAGGUGGUUCCAUGCUGAAGCUACCGUGGAUUUUAGUCAAGUUUUAGUUUCUGGGGCUGCCACGAGGCCCAGCGUGGUUUAGGAAUGUACAUCUACAUUUUCUCUGCCGUGGGGAGUGGCAGCCCAGAUGAAAUUCAUGUAAUGAAUUACAAGUAAACUAGUCAGGUGUACAAGAGCUGCUUCUCUCAACCUAGAUCUCAGUAUUUCUGCUUGGGACCAUAAUGGAAAUGGACUUGAAUGUUGGUCAUGUUCUCCUGGAGUAGCUGCAAGGUUAUGUUACUGACAGACCCUCCUUAUCCCUCCCUCAGCUCCAGUGUGGGAAGGUCACUAUCUGUUCGGGAGCCUGGGUGGCCCUGUUCUGUGUGUCUGUGUUCCUAUGUGUCUGUGGGUGAUAGACUCUCAGACCUCCUUUCUCCUUUGCCCCCCAACGAAAUAGCGCUGUGAUACUGGGGUGAAGGUCUUAACGCUGACGAAGCAGCCCACUGAUUCCUCAGGGUACUCGCACGUGAAGGGUGCCGAGUACUGUGUAGGCAAGCGUAGCUGUUGCAGAAUAACUGCUUUUCUGAACUGAAUAUUCUGUUUUUUUCCAUGGACCAAAAUUUUUUUUGUACUGUAUCCUUGUAGACGUCACCCAGUUUUAAUAAAAGCCUCCUGUGAAGGAAGCUGUCCUCCCUCCUUCUGUGCUGACAGCAUGCUUUCUCUCCGCAGCUGCCUUGGUGGAUGACACUUCAUGUUCCUCCCCGGGAAGGGACAGGAUUAUCUCCACUUUGCUUUUUUAACAAAGCCAGUUGAGUUAAGAGACUGGAAAGAAAAUGUUCUGAAUAUUUUGCCCUUUUAUAGAGAGCCUUUCAUGGAAGGACCUGGCUUGCAGAGUCUGCUGAGCCCUGGCAAAAUGUUUUUGUGGUAAACAAAGCAACUUGAGCAAAACUGGGAAUCCAGUGGCCAAACUGCUGAUGAAAUCUUGACAGCCCAGUUGCCACACUGCUGCCUUGAAUGAUGGCAGCUUCUGACAAGACCUGUGGGAGUUGGGUGUCAUAGAAUCAUGGAAUGCUUUGUGUUGGAAGGGACCUCAAAGCCCAUCCAGUUCCACCCCCUGCCAUGGGCAGGGACACCUCCCA